GUCAACAUUGAAAACAUUCAUUUUGUGCAAAAUCUUUCACGGAUGACUUGCAGGUCCUUGCUGAAUUGCUCUAGAUGGUUAAAAUCAAACGACAAUAUGACCACGUUUGGCUGGAAACGAAAACUCGGGCAACAGAUUUCAAAGUCCGCCACUUCAAACUUUCAAGAGGUGACAGGGCAGCAGAAUUCAGACAGCUCGGAUGAGGAGGAGAUCUUGAUGGUUGCUAAGCAACAGAAGCUCGGCUUACUGGAAGAUGCCAGUAGUAAGAGCAAAAGACUGAAGGAAGAAGGGGCAAUCUUGGCAGAGGCGGAAAGGUACUGGGAGGCAAUCAAGAAGUGGGAUGAAGCUCUUCAACUAACCCCGGAAAAUGAACACAUUUUGGACAUGAAAGCGCAGGCGUUGUUGAUCCUCCAUGAGGUUUUCCCAGCUGUACAGUCAGCUGAAGAUGCAGUCAAGUAUAACCCUCGAUGGUGGGUUGGAUACCAGACCCUCGGAAGAGCGCAACUUGGACUAGGAGACGUUAAACUAGCAGUUGUUAGUUUCUCCAAGGCACUCCACCUGAACCCAGCUGAGGCUGAACUCUGGACAGAAGAUCUUAGCUGGGCGAGGUCAUUACUGAAGAAUAAACUAGGAAUCACUGGAGAGAGCGCAGUUACGGAAGAGGACCGUUCAAAUGAUGACCCGGAAAACGAUCAUGGCCAGUCCUCUGAAAAGCAAACUUUCAGUGACAGAAACGAGACUGGAGAAAACUUGGACUGUCUUGAUGAAGAUUUAAAUUUGAGUGAGAGCAAUGAUUCGGACACUGACAAGAAGAGGUGACAGGACUUUGGCAAAACUUUCAGAGGAAUGAGUUGAUUGAUGUACAGAACUUCAGCAAAACUAUCGGAGGAAUACAGUAUGUUAAUAGAACUUCAUCAAACUACAUCAGAGGAUGGUGUAGACAGAAGUUCUGCAAAACUAUCGUAGGAAUUUAUUGAUUGAACUUCAGCAAAACCAUCCCAAGGCAUGCAACUGUAACUUCACGCCCCAAAAAAGCAGGAAAUUACAAAAUUUCAAUGAUUUUGUAUAGUAUUUUUCA